UCAAAAUUUGUACCGGUUAGGUUGGGCAUCCGAUUACUUUGAAGUUUUCCUAACACAGGUUACAAAGCUCUCUCAUCACUUUCAGUCUCAUGGCGAUAGGAACAGCUAAUCGCCUCCUCACUGCUUCUCCUCCCAUUCCGACCGCUUCCCACCUCCGCUUCUCUCCUCACAUUGCCAUCCCCUCCCCGUUUCCUCAUCACUCCCUGUCUAUAAUUCUUAAGCCCACCCUUCCACGGUCUUUCAGGCAUAACUGCAAACACCUUACCCUCACACCAUGCUCACUCUCCAGCUCCAUUGCCUUUUCUCCACCCCCAAAAAUCCCAACACUGUCGCGAUUACCUCCCCUCGAUUUCUCCCAUCUAACCCCCCUCACCAUCUGCAGGUACUCUGCCGUCGUUGCAUUCAUCAUCACCGCCGCAAAGAAGACCGCCGAAAUUCUCUUCAGUCCCUUCUUCUGGUUGUACUUUAGCUGGACCUGGCUCUUCUGGCCUUGGGUCCUCGCUUUCUCUCUCGCUUUCUACGGCCUAUAUUCCGCCACUCGCUACUCCAUCGGUCAGGCCACCAUUGUCGAGCAGCUCGCCAUCGUCACCUCCACCGUCGCCUGGCUAACUCUUGUCCCUCCGGCGCACUUCAAUGGGUUCUUGGAAGGCUGGCCAUUUGUUCUCUUUUUCGUGUACCAUUACUUCUUCUUCUUCGAGUCUAGUGUACGCAAGCGCCUCUACGGCGAUCUAUUGAAUCGGGACCACGACGCCAAAUGGGAUAUCGGCCUCCCCAAGUCAUUGCAGAUCGGAUUUUUUGUUCUUGUGCUGAUUGGACACUGGCUUGCGGCGUAUGAGGGUGUUGAGCUGCAUCUAAUUUCAGGCGGAUGGGCAAAUUUUAGUAUUUGUGUUCUGAUUGCCACUGCACUGUUCUUGCGGUAUCAUUCUGUUCUGUAUCUGGCAAAGUAUUCAGAGAAAGUUUCUGUGCCGACGACUGUUGUCCAGUUUGGACCGUAUAGGUGGGUGAGGCAUCCUAUAUAUGCAUCGACGAUGCUGUUGUUUGCUAUACAUUGCAUCACUCUGAGGGCGCCGCUUAGUUUACUGUUCUUGGUGGUGGUUUGCUUGGCGUAUUAUGGCAAGAAGGCCGAGUUGGAGGAGGCCAUUUUGGUGGAAAGCUUUGGUGACAUGUACGAGGAGUACAGGAAAAAGGUUCUGAACUAGAUUGGUAUCAGAGCUCGGUGUGGUAGACUGCAGCAGAACCUCCACGGCCGACGACGAUUGGAGCUGGGAUGAUUUGCGAAACUCAGAGACUCUCCUCGAGCGAGGGUGGAUCAACUCGCUGCUGAUAUGCAACUUUUUGUUGCUGAUAUUCGGCAGGAACAUCAACUGCUUCGCAAUGAAGGAUUGGCGAUUCCGGCAACCACACCGGUGGUCAUGGCACCCACACUAACGACAGAGGAAGAGGACAACAACAACGAUUGAAUAUUUCUGAAUCUGGAUCGAAUGACAACGGGCUGCUCGACGAAAUUCCAAACCGCGGCCAACCGGGUAGGGAUCGAAUUUACAAUGGCUGCAAAGUAAAGCUUGAUAUUCUUUACUUCGACGACCACCAUCAUAUUGAUGAUUACAUGGAUUGGGAGCAAGCCGUGGAAGCUUUCUUCGAAUACAUGGAUGUGAAUUCAGAAAAGCAAGUGCGAUGCAUUGCUUGUAGAUUGAAAGGUGGAGCGGGGACUUGGUGGCAUCAAGUAGUCCAAUCUCACCAAAGAGA